UCCUAAUUGACAGUCAUCCCCUCGCUUUUACUAUGGAAAACACGGAUUAGAAGAUUUUUUUUUUUUAAACUUCUAACUUAAAAACGUGUUAGUAAGCAUAGAUUGCGCGUAAUUUAGUUGACAGAGGGUAGAGCACGUAGCGGGAACCACAACACACAAUGGCAGAUGCACAUUUUCUAGCCGGUGCGCUAACCUCGGCAAUGCUGGUACUGCUCUCUACCACUGUCGUGGUCAAUGGACUGUACGAGGACCAGAUAAAGAAGUUUGACUGGCGCAGCAUGCAUGUAGGCGCUGCAAAGCAUAUACACGUCGACUUGAAUCACUUUCAACCGCGUCUGCUGCUCGGAACGCAUGAACAAGUGGUGGCCUCAAUAUGCCCCAAAACAGGGGAGAUUGGGUGGCGUCAGGUGCUGGAGCAAAAGGCACGUGGCGAUAUCAAAUUGCUGCAGGUGAGUGGCUUUGCCGACGAUAGCAGUGAUACGGCCGCUGCUCCAGUUGGAACACACCUGGGAUUCGAUAUGCUGACAGUUCAGGGUCAUGCGCCUGCCUUGGUGCGUGGCUGGAACACGAACACCGGAACCAUUGAGUGGGAAUGGUCUGUCAUGCCGCUUAAUACCGAACGUGCACAGGAUGCACAUUGGUUCUAUAGCAAUUCCUUGCUUUAUCAUGUGGUACCCACAUGGCGCAGCCAUCUUGAGGUUACAGCAUACUUUGGCACUUCUGGCCAUACCACCGGCAGCACUAGCAAAAUUAUGGCAGCUUGGAUUAAGCCCGAAAGCUGUUUGCUGAGCGGUACUUUCUUCGUUUGUGUAGAUGGCAAGCAACUCAUCAGCUUAGAUCUUGUGGCCAAGAGCACGCAAGUCAUUGCAACAACACUGGAUACGGAGCCCACGAGUAAAGUUCAAGCAUUAGCGGGUCUAAAUGGCGUUUUGGUGGUCAAUAGAAAGCUUGUUAGUGUCAACAAAGCACAGACUGUAUGUGAUACACUCCAAAGCUCCAGCUAUGCAGUUGGCACCUUCAAUUAUCGCAAAAUUGUGGCCUAUGGUGAUCUCGCAGAAGGCGUGCUCAAAAUCAAGGCCGCCUAUCUGGAUAAUUGCGCCCCAGUGCCAGAGCUGGAUCAAAGUUUGACAUUUAAUGCAGAUUAUGGAACGCCAAGCUUGCGGUCCUUCGACUGCAAACUAAAACGCAAUGGCGAUGGCAAGAGUUGCCUCUUCGUGUUUAGCACUAGUGCCGAAUCCAUUGUGGCAGUACAGCAAAAUCGUGUGCGUUGGGUCCGUGAAGAGGCGUUAGCCAAUGUGGUUGAUUCACAAUUCAUAGAUCUGCCUUUAGCUGACUCCGAGGGCACCCUUGAAAAUGAAAUGAAGGGAAAAUCUGUGGACGCUACUGGUUUUGAGACUGAUAUUGCAAGCGCAUUUUUGCGUCGUAUUACAACGCAGGCUAUCCAAAUCAAGAGCCUAUUUCUACAUGUCAUUGGUUUGGGUCCACCACCAACUGAUACCCAACGUGCUGGUCUGGUUAGGGACUCCUUUGGUCUCCACAAAAUGCUGGUGCUGUUGACACGAUCAGGCAAAAUAUUUGGCAUUGAUAACAUUAUUGGCAAACAUCAUUGGCAACUAUAUUUACCGAAUGUGGUGGGCUUUGGAAACGAUGAAAAUAUGCGUUUGAUUGUGCAACGCACAUCCAAGCAUUUCCCACUUCAGCCGCUGUGCACAAUUGUGGCCAAGGACCUGAGCACUGGCAAUGGCGUGCUAUAUCGUUUCAACCCGAUAACUGGACGUGCUGCAGAAGGUGGUCUUUUGCAAUUGGAUUAUCAAAUCAAACAGCUUUCCUUACUGCCAGAGGCGGAGCCUGAUUUUGUGAAGGGCAUUUUGUUGCUGGAUGCCACAAAUAAGGUGCAUGUGCAUCCAAAGCACGCCACCCAAUUGGCGGAUGGCAUGUAUUUGUAUACAGCGGAUGUGAAAACAUCAGAGCUAGCGGGUUACUUUGUAAAAUAUGCGGGCGAAAAACUGUCCACCACGCCCAUUUGGACUGUGCACCUAUGCGGUCAUAAUAACGAACAAAAAAUUGUCGCAGUCGCCGGCAAGAGCUCCAUUGAGCAUGUGCACUCUCAGGGUCGCGUGCUAGGUGAUCGUUCAGUACUGUACAAGUAUAUUAAUCCCAAUUUAGUUGCUGUCAUUACCCAAGCGCCGGAUGCACUGCACAAAUCCAUUCUCAAUCUGUACUUGAUCGAUGUUGUGUCCGGAUCUAUUGUAUUCACUAUGACGCAUCGCAAAGUGCGCCCGCCAGUACAUAUUGUGCAUUCGGAAAAUUGGCUGGCCUACUCCUAUUAUAAUGACAAAGUGCGACGCACUGAGAUAACUACCAUUGAGUUAUAUGAGGGUAAAACGCAAGCCAAUAGCAGUGUGUGGAGUUCUUUGAAGGCCCCGAUGAUGCCGCUUGUCGAGCGUCAGUCAUAUAUCAUUCCCACUGUAGUGGAAGCCUUGAGAGAGACCAUAACCGAGCGUGGCAUUACCAAUAAGCAUGUUUUAAUUGGCACUGCUAAUGGCGCCAUUAUUGAAAUGCCAUGGGCCUUGCUCGAUCCGCGUCGUCCCAUUGCAUCCACGACACAAGGUCGCGAAGAGGGUGCAAUACCCUACAUACCAGAGCUGCCUUUGCCUACAGAGAACUUUAUCAACUACAAUCAGACGAUUGCACGUUUGCGCAAUAUUUAUACCGCUCCCAGCGGUCUAGAGAGUACCUGCCUAGUCGUGGCCACUGGCUUAGAUUUAUUUGUUACGCGUGUUGCGCCCUCAAAGACAUUCGAUUUGUUGAAAGAGGACUUCGACUACAUACUUAUUUCUAUUGUGUUAGUCGCUCUUACAUCGGGCUCGUUGAUUGUUAGGCAUUUGGCGUCGCGUAAAUUGCUCAAGCAGGCGUGGAAAUAGACGCUUAUUAUAUUUGCUUUAAUACACACAUUUUACUGCGACCAAAUACAACACAAAUGAUGGAGAAGGAAAGAGGGAAUAACGUAAUUCUAGUAGCUGCAUUAAUGAUACAUACAAUUAAAAGAAAAACCAAUGUUUUUCAAUGCGUUUAAGCCUAGGCAAUUAUUUAUAAUUAAUUAUAUAGCAUAAAAACAUUCUUAACUGUUGAAGAAAUGUUUAAUUAACAAUGCGCAAUUUGCGCAAUAUUUUUUGUUCCUUUUUAUGUUUUUUUCUCCCCCCCCCAAUAUCCAUUGAAAAUAUCAGCAUUGAAAUUGUAUGUUUGAAAUUUAGUUAAUAAAGAUUGUGUA